GAGAUUGGAACUUUAACUUUUCCAGGAUCUGAGUUAGAAGUCUCACAUUAUUCUCGAUUUCUUCUCUUUCUGACUUCAUAUUUCAAUCUUAUUAUGCUAGCAUCUUGCCUUUAGUUACCAAGUUCGACUCUGACAUCAUGCCUAUAAAAAAGAUCUGUUGCCUUGGUGCUGGUUAUGUUGGCGGACCAACAUGUAGUGUGAUAGCCCAUAAAUGUCCUGAGAUUAAUGUCACAGUAGCUGAUCUCAGUGAGGAAAGAAUUGCUCAAUGGAACUCAGAUGAUCUACCUAUUUUUGAGCCUGGGCUGUUCGAAGUAGUCAAGGAAUGUCGUGGCCGUAAUCUCUUCUUCUCUACUGACAUUGACAAAGCUAUCUUGGAUUCUGACCUGAUCUUCAUCUCUGUCAACACACCAACUAAAAACUUUGGACUAGGAAAGGGUCGAGCAGCAGAUCUGAAAUAUGUGGAAGCCGCAGCCAGACGAAUUGCUGAUGUGGCAAAAUGUUCGAAGAUCGUCGUUGAGAAGAGUACAGUGCCAGUGAGGGCUGCUCAAAGUAUAUCACGUAUCCUUCAAGCCAAUCAGAAUCAAGGUGUCCGAUACACAGUUCUUUCAAACCCAGAAUUCCUUGCCGAGGGAACAGCUAUCAGUGACCUAAUGAAUCCAGAUCGGGUCUUGAUCGGCGGAGAGAAAAACGAGGCAGGGCAAGAGGCAAUAAAACAACUUAGCUGGAUUUAUGAACAUUGGGUCCCAAAAGAGAACAUUAUUACCAUGAACACUUGGUCCUCAGAACUAUCAAAGUUGGCAGCCAACGCUUUUCUUGCCCAGAAGAUUUCAAGUAUAAAUUCUAUGUCUGCUAUUUGUGAGGCUACUGGUGCCGAUGUGAAUGAGGUUGCACAUGCGAUUGGCACCGAUAGUCGAAUUGGACCAAAGUUUUUACAAGCCAGUGUGGGCUUUGGUGGCAGCUGUUUCCAGAAAGAUGUCCUCAAUCUAGUCUAUCUAUGCGAGUGCCUUAACCUGCCUGAGGUGGCUGCUUAUUGGCAACAGGUUAUCGACAUGAACGAGUACCAACGAAGAAGAUUUGCCUAUCGCAUCAUCGAAUCUCUCUUCAAUACUGUCACAAACAAGAAGAUAGCCAUCCUCGGAUUUGCAUUCAAGAAGAAUACUGGUGACACCCGGGAGUCUGCCAGUAUCUAUGUCAGUAAAUACCUCAUCGAUGAAGGUGCCAGGAUAACGAUUUAUGACCCAAAAGUCGAAAAGGUGCAAAUUAUGAGUGAACUUACCCACCCAGCAAUAACUGAUGAUCCUGAUAAAGUGUCAAACCUCGUCACCAUCGUGGAUGAUCCAUAUGAAGCAGCUAGAGGUGCACAUGCUCUAGUUGUAUGUACUGAGUGGGACGAGUUCAAGACUCUGGACUACGCGAACAUCUACUCCAAUAUGUUGAAACCAGCUUUUCUGUUUGAUGGUCGGAUGAUUUUAAAUCAUGAGUCUCUGAUGGAGCUAGGAUUUCACGUGGAGACAAUCGGCAAACGACUUACUCGGCCCUCCAUCACUAGAACAUUUGCUUUUGAAGGUUGACUAAAUGAUAGUCUAGGAUAGGUUACUGCUACUUAAAAGGGGACUAUAGUAUAGGCAUGUACUGGGGGUCCAGUUGAUUGUCUUCAAGUGACUAAUAUGCACAUCUAACGAACUGGGUUUAACCUCGUGGUGAAUAUAUUCCUAGAUAUUCCUGAUCUAAUAUUCUAACUUAUAGACAGAUUUGCAAAAUAAUGAAAUAAUGGGAACAAUUAUAUAUGUGUGCCAGUUUAAAGGCAAACUGGCACUGCAAAAACAAGAGGAAUGUGAAUGUUUUAUCAAUGGGAUGGAUUCCUUGAAUAUGAUGAGUUAUUUCAAGUUUGAGGUAUCAUGUAUUGUUAUUAUUGAGUAUUCGUUUAAUAAUAUGAAGAUGAGGCGAUUUAUUUUUGCUAAAAGUAUUUCUAGUCCCUUUUACAUAAUCUUGAGAAUUAUUUACCAGAAUGAUUUCCACCAAACAACUAGACCAACUGAAUCUUAUGUUUGCUCCUUUAGGCUUAAUAAAAAAAUCUUCAUCAGUGUAAAAUCAGUGCCUUUCUGUACAAAAUCUAGCCAGCUUGUAAUGUAUACAGCUGAAUUUAAGAUCUGUUAAGAUGACUGAAACUGCCUAUAAUGUAUAAUUGUGUGUUGACAAGUAAGAAUUGUAUUUACUGAUAUAUAGGGAUGGAUCCAGGAAGCGGUGAACGAGAGUCGAGGGGAAAGAGAAAGGGCAAAACAUGUAUCUCUUGGAAGUCAAAAUCUAUCUAACAUUGUAUUUAUUAUACAUGUAUAUGCUGUCUGAGCCAGUAAGACCCCAGCUUUAGCAAUGCAGUUAAUGUGUAUUUUGAUAAUAUUGUGCAUUUGUUUUAUAAAACGGGUCUGUUUUGUAUGUCCUAGAAUGUAACGCACUGAAAAUAUAGUCAUAAAGUCUAUCACACAACUUUUCUCAAUAUCUUAUCAAUACUAAGCUGGUUUUGAGUAUUACACUAUGUGGUAGAGUUAAUAAAAUAACACAUGCUUGUAUUUUCUCUAAAGUAUA